GUGGUGUAAUAGGAACAAAAUAUUACCACGAAUUGUAAUAAGUUGAACAUCUACCCCAUUAUAGAAACCGUGUCCAUUUAGAUACUCGAAGCAAGAAAAUUGACAAGUGGCAAGAGACAUUUAAAUUUCGACGAGAAUUCAAAGAAUCAGGAAUUUAUCGCCAAUUAAGUCCUGCCAUUUUUAAAUUGAAAGUGUCCUUUUUUGUAUAAUUUCGAACAUAUUUACAUCUUUUUCUUAACGAUUCAGUUCAAAAUUUAUUUUGUUCAACAUGUCCACACGGUAUAUGAAAAAAAUGUACGGAGGUGAUACGUUACCAGAGAAAGAUAGUGAAAGCGAGAAUGAAGAAGAGAAUUCAAUGAUUCGUGAUGUUAAGUCUAAGACGUUUAAUUUAUUUGAUGUAUUAAAUCAAAAUACUGAAACUGCAGAGAAAGAAAAUGAAGAACAACAGGUUGUCGAAGAAGAUUGUCAGGCUGAAGCUAAACGCAAAAAUAGAAAGAAAAAAAGGAAGAAGAUAGUAGAUGGUACAAAAACUCAUCAAACUGUUCAGUCUGUAGAAGUGGAAGACACAGAUGAAAUCGAAAGAAGUAUAAGGGAAGUGAAUAAAUUACUCGGAGAACCGCUUCCAAGCUGUAGUUCUCAGGAUACAAACAAUUUGCAAUGGAUAGAAAAGCAGUCUAAAGAAGAUAUUUUGUUAGUGCAACACAAACACUUGAAUCCUUAUAAUGAACUUAAAAGAAUAUUUGGUAGUAAAACGGUCCAAGCUGAACAAAAUAACAGAAGAAAUAGAGCUCGUGUGGGCCAUUUGAAGAAAACUUGGUUAGCUUCUGCAAGGGACAAUUGGCCACCGAUUAAUAAGUCUGGUCUUUCAAUGUCAUUGGAUCACACUAUGAAAUCUACUAAUAAUGUUCAAUACUUUGUUUACGAUCAUGGUCCGUCGUACAGACAGAUUCAAUUAAAAUUCUUAGAAGCUGUUGAAAGCUUAAGUCCUGAAAACAUUGUUAACAUUAUAAAUGCACAUUCUUAUCAUGUAGAUGCAUUAUUACAAUUAGCAGAGCUUUGUGAACUCAAAGAAGAUUUAGCCAUGGCUGCAGAAUUUACAGAACGAGCACUAUAUUGUUUAGAGUGUGCUUUCCAUCCAUUGUUUAAUGUCACAACUGGAUUCUGUAGAUUAGACUAUAGAAAACAACAAAAUCGUGCUUUGUUCAUAACCUUAUUCAAGCAUCUCAAAUUUGUUGGUGGACGCGCAUGUUAUAGAACAAGUUUGGAGUUUUGUAAAUUACUUCUAUCACUUGAUCCAGAAGGUGAUCCACUAGCUAUAAUUCUUUCUCUUGACUUCUAUGCUUUACGAGCAAAAGAAUAUAAAUGGUUUAUAGAGUUUUGUAACCUUUGGGAUGCUACAAGAAAUUUGACACAAUUGCCAAAUAUAGCAUAUAGCUUAGCGUUGGCUCAUUUUCAUUUAGGUGAUGAAACACUUGCCGACGUACUUUUACAAAAUGCUUUAAUAAUGUUCCCGGGUGUGCUAAUGCCUUUGCUGGACAAAUGCAGUAUACAAACUGAUGAGAAGGUACGGAAUCACGAGUAUUUUAACAGUAAGGCAAAAACUUCAACAACACCAGCCUUAGAAAAAUUACAGGAUCUAUAUGUUGCGCGUAGUUUUCGCUUAUGGAAAGAAACUGAUCUUUUACCAUGGUUACGUGAAAAUGUACAUGUUGCAUUGAAUCGAGUCAAUAUUAAAGAUGACUACGUAAAAUACUGCGAAAAUAAACGGAGUAAACGCUAUCAAGGGAAACUACCAAAGAAUAUUUUGAGACAUAUUAUAUUAUCUGAUAUAAAAGAUGUUACUGUAAAUAUUCAAGAGAUACAAAAUGAUGGUUCAGUGUUUUCGCAUGAUCCUCUGCCACCUGUGGAUAGUAUUGAUAUUUAUAAAAGACCUGCACCAAAUACAGGAUCCACACGAGCGAAUUCUAAUAUUUUGUCUCUGUUUUUCUCGUCCCUAGUGUCAAACAUUAAUGGAGAAGUUGUAGUGGUCGCUCUUGAUGGUCUAAAUUUAUUUUAUGAUAAUAACGAGCAAACGUAAAGUGCCGUCAUGAAGUAGAGCAGAGGUGUCUAACUACUUCUCCUCCGACAAUUAACUCUCGAUCAGCCGGUCCCUCGCUACUUCUACUCCAGGAGCUGCACGAGUUCCACUUUCAGUUAACCGAUUUUCUCACCACGUAUAUUUGUAGUGAUGACUAACCUGCUUAUAGUGGCGUUCGUGCAGCAACUGAAGGAAAAAGGGGAAAUAUGUAUGGAGUGGAUCUUUCUCUUACAGCUGUGCGGACUAAGCGAAGAGGGGAAAGCGUGCAUUAUGCACGUUUAGCUCGAGAAUACCUACUUACAAUAGUCGGCACAGACGUGAGAGACCUACCGUAGACACCUCUGAUGUAGAGUAAUAAAGAACAAAAAUUUCACUCUGAAUACAAUAUCAAGAAUGAAAGAUAUAUAAGUACAUGUAUACAUAUACAUAUACAUAUACAAUAUAUAUAUUGUAUAUGUAUAUGUAUAUAUAUAUUUCACACGUCAGCUACUUUUACGAAGAUAAUAUACAUUUCAUAUCAGAUAAUAUAUCUACUGUUUAUAGCGAACACUGUAAAAUUGUAAUGUUUCUUAGGUACUUGUAACUUGAUAAUACUAAUUAUGUUCAGUAUCUAUUUAUGAGAUUGUAUAUUAAUUGUUUGUACAAUCUCGUAUGUAUUGUUAUAAUUUUCAUGAAAUUUUUUAAGCAAUCGUGGUAUUACUUUUUCGAGAAAUUGUAAAUACGUAUAAAAGGUGUAUGUACAAUAAUGAAUAAAGAAAAUUGAAUUGUUGCAGAAAUGGCAUUGAAAUAUUUGUUCGUUAUUUUAUGAAUGAUUAAUAUUUCAAAUGGGGAAGUAUAAAUCAUUCUCUGAAUGUGUUUCGUUAAAAAAGAAUUAUUAUUUUUCAAUAAACUUAUUUUAUGUACAGAUCUAUACAGUUAGUUUGUAAUGUAACUGUCUUAAUUAUUUUUAAUCAUUAUUGGUAAUAGAACAUUCCUUUUUUUAUUAAAUGCAAAUACCUCUUCUUACAACUAUAAUGCAUCAACGAAUGAGCAUGAAAAUAUGUCCGUGUGCGUUUGCUAGUAUAAGCUUGGGCGUUCUUCGGAAUUCUUUUAGUUAAUUGUUACAUAUCUAUAAAGGCCCAGUUUAUCUCAUUAAAUAUAAUCAUAGAGGAAAACAUAAAAUUGGAAUAAAUUAUUAACAAUUUCAUUAAUGACGUUAAGUUGCGAUCGUUGAUCCGUACAACGUCUUUUUAGAAUUAAGUAUAUUUUUAUUCAUUUUACACCAUACUACGAAAUACGGGAUUAUAACGACAUAUUCCAGGACCGUAUUCUUGAUAAGCUUUCUUGGUAUGACAAACCCUAUAAAAUUCAGGAUCGCUUGCUAAUAAAGCACCACCGUACCAUACAGCACAACGUUGUUUAUGAUGCGAUAUGACGUGAACGUCCAUCGGUUUUGGCUAAAAUAAAAUUGAAUGUAUACUUUUAGUUUACUCAUUUUGACAUGAUUUUUCUUCAUUUCGAAAUCGAAAUAAUGUAUAUUAAUAAAGUAUACGUUACCGUAAUGUAGCUUCCACUUAACGUUUCGCUAAGUUUAAGACGAGCAUCGACGAUACGUUUUAUAUCGCGUUGUAAUCGCCUACCGAAAUCUUUAAACAUCGUAGAACCGCCCGAUAAAACAAUAUUAUUAUACAAUGGUCUUCGUACAUCUAUUGGACAAUUUUGUAUUACAUCAUCCACGAUUUCACUUAACGGUGUUGUAAAGUCUGGAUUAGAAAACUGGAGAAAACACAAAGUUACAAACGUGAUUUUAAAAAUAAGCUAUUUCAUUGUAAGUUUAAAUUUAUAUAAACAUACUUCGGGAUGGAAGAAUAUUUCUGGCCCCAAGAACCUCUCGUAACCAACGUCUACGACGAAAGGCUGUUUAGUGAUAUUGUUGAUACCUUCAUACUGUUUUAUUUUAGUAGGAUCGCUGUCGUAUUUAGCGAACUCCUUUGAAAUAUCAGGACAUAUAUAACAAUGUUUUUCUUUAAUCGCUUUAGCUGUUUCUAGCGACUGUUCAGGCGGUAUUCCGAUUUCGCGUUCCCUUAACAAACUUUGUAUAAAGUAAGUGAUAUCGCGUCCAGCGAUA